GCCACCCAGCGGAAUUACAUUUCAUACGAAACCGAAUGAAUCGUAAUACCGGCGAGCGCGAUGGCGGCAGCUGGACUUCAGAAACAAACGUGGGACGUCAUACACUGCCUCUUACAAGAUGAGCUCAGUUUUGACAUGGUGGAGGCUGACGGCCCUGAAGAUGAGAACUCAUUUGACCCUGUAAAAAUAGCCUCAAAGCUCAGGGAACUGGGAGACGAUUAUGAUGAGAAAGUGAUCCAGCCAUUAAUGAAAAAUGUACAGAAAGCUGCAGCCGAUCAGGUGGUGACUGCCUUCAGCGACGGUGUGGACAGCUUGUGUAAUAUGUGGGUCGUGGAAAGAGCUGAAGUGGCCUCAGAGAAGCAGCUUCUCAAGGCCGCCAUCACACUGGGACUCUUCAUGAAGAGAAACUGCCCUGACAUGACGAAUGUGGUUGAGGACGCUAUGACGGGAUUCGUCAACAACCGUCUAACAAACUGGAUUGCAGAGCAAGGAGGCUGGCUCUCUGUCUCUAAGAACAGCAUGUCUUGAGAUUGGAGCUUACCGUCUCGUUCUCAGAGACCUUCAAUCAUUCUGCAGUUUUGAUUCGUAACGCAGAAUGAAUUUUAAAUGUCAAUCAGAUGUCAAGGUGCUCUUUUCAAUCACAACCAGCAAAUGUUUACAUUUUUAUUCUAAUACAGAUAUUUGCGUUUAAACUAAAGCAGGAGCUCUCAGCCAACAGUGCUUUUUUUUUUUUUUUUUUUUUUUUUUUUUAAAUGAUUCACAAAACUUAUUUUAUAAAUGUGUUGGUCUGAUAGGCACAUGGAUGUUGUAGUAAACGUUAGUGAAAUGCUAAGACUUUUCUAUCACUAUCAGAUCAACAUCAAUAAACAUCAAGUCCACAUGUUGAGACAUUUUUUUUUGUGGUUUAUGGUUUUAUUACAACCUAGCAACAAAAAGGAAUUAACAUCAUUGCUCACUAAUAAUGACUGGGCCACUUUAAAAUUAAUUAAACGCAAGCGUGCUUAUGUUUUACUAAAAAAUGAUUUGAUAUGCCUCACUUUUAGUAACGAGCUCUUUAUUUGUUGGGAAAAUACAGUGUUUGCAUUGUUUGGGCCAAAUAAAACCAUUGCUUCUGAAGGCUUUAUUAUCAGGAAACAAAA